GCCGCGGCGCCCGGAAGUCAUGACGCGAACGCGGCGGCGCCGGCGACGUCGGCGUCGGGACGCGCAGGGCCGGCGUGUGCGCGGCGUCCCGACGGUGUCCCCGUGCGGGCCCCGAGCGCCCGGCCGCGGGCGGAGGGAGGCUCACUCGCCCCACGGGCGCCGGCGGCGAGCGCGCCGCUGCUCCGGGCGUGCGCGGCCGAGGCUGGCGCCGGCGUCUGACGUCACGACGCCCCAGGGCGAUCGCCGAGAGCGACGCUACGGCUCGGCGCCCGGGUGUCACAAACGUCCCGCCGUGGUCGCCGGGAGUGACGCCGCGCCGCCAGUCGGCGCGGUGGGGCUCGUCGGGGAUCCAGAGAAGACCCCCAGGGCUCCAGGGCCAGAGGGCAAACAGGUGUGGCGCCCGCAGAGCCACCUGCGAUGGCUGUUUUUCUCCCCGGCUGGCUCGGGAGUUAACGGGCCUCGUUUGCCUGUGAAAUCUUUUUUGGAAGCUGUCCUUGGACAUUGGCCCGAGCCCUUGUAGCAGCUGACUUGGUUCUUUGGGAACCCGAAAUUUGUGCUAGACGUCAGUCUGAUUUGUCUGGAACCAGACUGUCCCAUUGCAACUGUCAUUCAGCCAUUUGCCAGGUGUGGAGGGGACACUGCUCCAAGACUGACCUCUGCCUGACCGUCGAGCUGGACCCCACCCAGAGGGGAGAGGAUUUGCUUCUCUGGAGACUGAUAGUAAUCAGAGUUUGUUCUGCCACAAACCAGUAUCCCUCCCCUGCCACCUGCUCUGUCCUGGGUCCCGGAAUGUUCCGUUGUCCCGACCUGAUCAAGUAUGUUAAAGCCAUUAUCUGCACCUGGGAGUAGUCACGUACGGGCACACGUGACUGUCUUGUGUUGCCCUCUGUAAUCCUCUGGUGCCUGCCCAGGAUGUGCCCCGUGUGUAACUUUCCCUUGAUAAAACUUCCCGUUACCAGACUGGACUGGCAGACUCUUCCUGGGGUCUACCCCUGCCCUCCGCGUAUGGAGGUAGGUUUUCAGUCUUGGGGCUUCCCCUCGGUCUGUGCACACUAACACCAGGCUGUUUCCGGAGCAGGCUGUCCCUCCCAGAGCUGGCAGUCAGCUGUCGGCGACCCUUCCUUGACCAAGCUGUCCUAGAGGAGACUGGCUGGUACUGAGCCUUGAGCUGUUUUAGGGCAUCUGGGCCUGUAGCUCUAGAGAAAAGCCUCUGAAAAUGGGUCUCAGGUACUUGAAUAUUUUCAGGGUGUCCCUUCUCCAGGGACUCUGGCCACGGUCCUUCCUCGUGCAUCUUUAGCUAAAUGGACUGAUGUGACCAAAAGUGAUUUAGACUGUCGGUGGCCUUUAUGGGGAACCUCUGAGAUCCCCAAACUUACUUUCCUUAAAACCACAUUGGGCUAAUUAAAACAAAACAAAACAAAAACAAAAAACAAAAAACCACAUUGGACAAUCACAGCUCUGAAAUUGCCAAACUUAAACAGAACACCUGUUUUGAAUGAUAUUUUGAGGCUUCCACACAUUACCAGGGACCUGAAGUUGCCUCUUUGCAAAACAAAGUUUUAGGAUUAACUGAGGCUAACGAACUUUUAAAGGAGACAAAUGGCCACAGAAGCCUCAUGCUCCUUUCCACUGGUGCUGGCUCGACGCCCUUCCCCCAGGGCGCGUGCACACACACACACACACACACACUCACUCACACACUCACUCCCUGGCCUCAGGCCCCCCUCCCCAGCCGGCUGACUUCCACUCCAGCUUCUGGCCCCUCUGAGCCUUCUCUCACACCCUCCUCUGAACCUAUCAGUACCUUUCCCUUUAGAGUUAUGUCCUCAGGACAUCCUAUUAGACCCCAAGUUUCAUGUGUCCCCUGGAUUAAAGCUGAAGUGUGAGCCACAGUCAGACGAUUCCAGAGGUGACUGAGGAGUGGGACACAGUUACUCAGACCUACAUGCCUGGCUUUUCUGCUUUACGUCAGCCAGUUCUUACACUGAUGGAUGAAGGCGAGCUCCGACCUGGAGGAGACUGGCCUGAUGGGAACAUCCUGAAAGGGACUUAGUGAAAACAAACCUGAUUUUUGGCAAGAUGCUAGAAAACCGGCGGGAGGUCUCCACGGAGCAAUUAUAGUUGCCUUUCCAAAGGCUGUUGAUUACUACACAAUUCAGACUUGCUCACAAAAAUGUGAUGCAUCUGCCCAUAACUAUCACAGUGAGCUUCAGACUGUCUUUAAGGAAAGUUCUGGUCUUCCCUCAGAUGCUGACCCUGCUCAGCUGGCCUUUACCUCUGUGUUUACUAAAGGCUGAACUGAGCCCUUUCCCGUCUAGUUCAAAGGCCCAGGAUGGAAUGGAACUCCACUCCAAAUUUGGUUAAUUCGGCCAGUAAGCCUGGUCGUACCAUAGGUGAGCCACCUGGAAGACCGCUAAGAGUUUAAGCUACAGAUGUGUGUGUCCUCACUGUUCUGCCCUGUGCACUUAAGCUAUCUCCCUAGCCGCCCACACUCAUCCAGUCAACUCAGGGAGACCCCUAGGCUUUGCCUGAGUCCCCGCACCCCCGCUCCACAUCCUGAACACCAGGCAGCAAGCUUGAGCAGUCGUAGCCACGUACUGGAAACGGAUGGAUUGUUUGUGCAGACUGGGUUGGGAGAAUUGGUUCAGUGUAAGGACAUAAAAGCUGGAACCCUACCUGAUACCAUAUACAAAGAUGACUUCUAGAUAGAUCAGACAUACAAAUAUCAAAGGUAAAUUCAAAACGCCAAUAAAAAGAUGUAGGGAAGUAUUUUUGUAUUCUUUGGGUGUGUAGGGAUCACUUAACACCAAAACGAUGCAACAAACAGAAAAAGUAAUAGGUCUGAUGUCAUCAAAACCAAGGGUUUCUUUUCAACAAAGGACACUGUUGACGAUGGUAACAGCAGCAGAGAAAACAUUUGCAGCAACUGAGACGUCAGAGGCACGUGUCCAGAGCUGUGCUGUUCCACGCGGCACCUCACACACCUGUGGUUACUGAUGUUAAAAUGUGGAAUGUUUCUCAGUCACCCCAGCCCCGUUUCAAGUCCUCAGAACCCACAAUGACUAAUGUCCACUGGAUGGCAUUGUGUUCACCCAAAGACUACAGACGUCCUGCCCCCCCUCCCAGCACCAGUGAAGGUGACCCUAUUUGGAUAAAGGGUCUCCGCAGAGGUGAUCAAAUGAAGAUGAGAUUGUAAUGAGAUAGAGUGGGCCCAGAACCAGUGAGUGGUGUCUUCACAAGAGAAAGGACAUUCGGACACAGAGACACAGAGGAGACAGAGGACAAGGCCAUGUGACAGGCCUCUUUGGAGACUGGACUGAGGGGUCCACACGGCAGGAACCCAAAGAUGGCGGCAGCACCGGAAGCUGGAGAGAGUGUGAAACACUUUCCCGCGGAGCCUCCAGAAGGAACUGCCCCGCCGAUCGAUAGCACAAUCCUGUUGUUUUAAGCCCCCUGCUUUGUGGUAAGUGGUGACCGCGGCCCGAGGAAACUAACACAGCAUCGAUACAGGACAUUUCCAUAAUUCCAGACAGUCCUGCUGGUCUAGACUAUCUGUGGAAGUCUUGAAAAUGAAGAGGAAAAAGUCAUAGCCUUGGGAAAAUGUAGUAAGAGUAGGAAUAAGCUGUGUGCACAGGGGAAACGAAAAUGGCUGAUAAGCCUAAGCCUAGUAAGUGAUGUGCACCCUCUCUGUAGCCAGAAGAAAGCAAAUUCAGAUAAACCCGGGUUUCUGCUAAACUGCCAAUGGAUGGGUGAGCUAGAGAACUGAAUGAUACACAGUCUUCACGAGAAAUCAGGGAAGAAAACCCGUGGGCACAGCUGGCGGGAGCACUAACUGCUCUCAUUAAGAACAAGCGGACACUAGAGGAGAAGCUGAUUCCCUCACCAAGACAAAUACCACACGGUCCCUGAGGAGGAGGAUGAGGGUCUCCAUGGAAACACUGUGACAAUACUGCAGCCACAGUGCUCUUCCCGGGGUGAGGACAAGUGCGUGUGGUGGGGGGACCCACUGGGAAUCCUGUGCAAGGGACAGAAACAAGGAACAUGGCAACACGGAUAAACCUCAAAGGCAUGGUGUCCCGUGAAGACAAACACCAGAAGGUGAACAGCACAACUGUGAGGUCAAUGGGAAAACCAGACGGACGCAGGGGGGCUCCGGGCAGGGUGGGGAUGGAACGGGCGCGGGGAGAAGUGCUGGCACUGGGACACUCAGGUGGCAGUGGGGGCGCAGGUCCCAGACACCGAGGCCUUGGAGCAAUGCUGCGCACAGCAGAGCCCGGAGUUAGGGGACUCCCGAGAGCCCAGGACUGGUCUGCAUUGUGACCCAGAACAGACUAGGGAUCGAACCCCUCGGAUUCAGUGUCAGAAAAAAAGGGAAUUAGAAAUCGUAACAUCCCUACAGAUAAAGAAGGCACGCCAGAAAGACACGCCCAGAAAGCAGACAAGACCCUUGAACCGGUAUUUCAUCACAAGCUAAAUGGAGCUAGAAAAAUGGUAAAAGUGACGAAAGAAUAACGUGCAUCAGAAAUGGGAGAAAUUUUUACUGAGAUGAUUGGAAAACAAUGAGAAUUUUUAAAAGACUGCUGACACGACUUAGAACAGAUUUCUGAAGGAGGAAAACCUGGGGGUGAGGACGAUGUGGGUGUGUCUUGCACACCCCACCUUCAGAAAGUGGGGCCUGACCCCCUCCCUGGAAUGGGGCCACCACUCCCCGUCUGCCAAUGCUGAGGGCGCACACCCAGUCCCAGAGAGGUGGUAAGGCCGGGGCGGCUCUGGGUGCCAGCAUUCCCUCUACACUCAGGCUGAAGUCCAGACCAGGGUCCCCAGCAGUUCCCCAGCUGUCCCUGAAGACCAAACCAACAGCCCGGACCCCCAAUCUUCAGAGCACCAGAAAAACGCCAGCCCCACCCCAGCCGCAUUGAGAAAUGUUCCAUUUGCCCUGGGUUCUGCCCAGGGCUGCCCUUCGUGUCCCCACACCCCUCCCACUCCCAGCUUAGCAGCCCCUGGGAGUGUGAGGUCUCCUUUGAGACCUGAAUGGCCCCCCAGUGGGCCCAGAGCCCUGCCCAAGCAGCUGUGGGGUCUGGGGAGGGGCAGGCUGGUUUGUAUCCUGCACCCUGGGAUCACUGCUGGGGCCCAGAGGUGGUCACAUGGGGGCACUUGGCCCGGGUCACAGUGACUAUGGGGCAUGCUGCUGGUGAGGGGGGAUAUGUGCUGUGGGUCAGGUUUGGGGAGAGCAGGAGUCCAGAGCUCCGUUUUGCACAUAGAAGCCUUUGUAGUGGGUAUUUCAAGGAGGGCCCCCCGUCUAGAGCUCAAGCAAGGCCAGGCUGGGGAUGAGGUCCUGGGAUACUGGGCUGGGGGGUACUUCACGCUGUGACAUGGGCCGUAGGUUUAUUGACCUACCUGCUGAUCUCAGGUAAGCCUCACAGCAGGCCGGUGCAUUAGGUCCUGUUAACGUCUGACAGAGGAGACGGGCCAGGAUGACAGCCCAGGCACCUUCCGUGUCUCGGAACCAGAGCAGUUACCUCUAGUCUGCGUCACAAAAUGGCUAAGUUCAGUGUCUUCAGCCCUCCACCCCUAACGAGGCCUCUGCACCCUUCCAGGACACAGGGACGUCCUUGAGGUGUUAGAGGGGAGCGGCAGGUCACCACAGCGCAGUCCCAAGUGGGCGUGGCCACCAGAAGAGCAGAGGCCUCCAUCAGGGAGGGAGAAGGGGGCAGGGAGGCUGGACAGGUGCAGUCCCUACCGGGAGGGGCUGGGGGCGUUGUCUGUGUGUCCCCUGUGCCCUGGAAGGAUGGUGGGGUCGUGCAAGAGGAGCAGUUCGUCAGGGAGACGAGCUCAGAAGCAGAAGUGCUGGGCAGCGGGUGUAGGCUGCCCCCCAAGGAGCCCCCACACAGCCCUGAACAGGCUUCUCUAAAGGCUGUGGGUCAGUGCUGACCAGCCUCUCUCUCUGUGGGCUGACAGGACAGGCCUGUGCCUCUGGCCCAUAACGGGCUCCCAAGUCAGGUGGCAGGAGGCCAGGCCUCGGGAACCCUCAAGCUGGCCCCAGCUCUGGAACCCAACUGUGCCCUGCAGCUAGAAGGCAGACGCAGGGGGACUCAGACGGGGGCUGCCAGGGGCUCCCACUUGCAUCCUGUGGAAGACACCUGAGUGCCCUUCACACGUGGCCUGGGGUGGCAACAAGGCGCAGGGCCCCAGGCAGACGGCAUCCCAUCUGGCUGCUGGAAGGAGAACCCCUCCCACUCUGGCCCCAGCUGUCCAGACGCAUGGCAGCACCCCUCCCCCUCCCUGCAGAGGAUGAGUCACUCCAGAGCCUGCCCCCACCUUCUGUUUUUGCUGUCAGGGUCACCCCAGGCUCCAGGAUCUCAAGGACAGCUUGGGUGGGGGAAGGCCCAUAGGGAGGGUGGGUGGUGAUCUAGUGCCAGACACACACAGGAGCCCUACUGUUACCCUGUUCCCCCAACCCCAGCUCUAGCACUGCACGGAGCAGCCUAAUUUCUGCUUGUCACGGCUCAAGUGGUUCACCGGUGAGACUGCUAUUUCUAACUGCAGCAGGUGACAUCCUCCCCUCACCCACACCCCCACACAGCAAGCCCAGAAGAUGCUUUCCCAAGGUCUGAGGAUGGGCAGCCCAGUACCAGGACACCUCGCCUCUCUCUGCCAGAGACUGCAAGGGCAGGGUUCCUGUGCACCCACGGGGGCUGGCCCCACCUG